AUGAAUUCAGAUUGGAGAAAGAUUGAUAUUGAUGCAUUAGAACCAGAUUCACAUUUAACUAAAGAAGAAUUGAUUCCAACAAAUAUUCCAGAAACUACAAAACAACAAAUUAUCGAAAUAUCACAACAAAUUAGAUCAUAUUUAUCACUGGGACAAUUUCAAAAUGCAUUAAUCUUGGGCUUAGAUAAUGUUCCAUAUAUUGCUGAAGAAGAAACUAAAGAAAUACAUUCAAAAACUAUAUUUGAAAUUUUAUGCUCAAUCAAGAAUAAUAAUUCAAAAUUAUCAGAUUUAAAAAAUUUCAUAAUUGAUUUAAAUGAUGAGCAACAAGAUGUAUUAAUAAAAUAUUUAUAUAAGAAUAUGUCUACUGAUUAUGGUCAAAAGCAAGGUGGGUUAUUAUUACAAUGGUUUGAAAAAACUGUUGAAGUAACUGGAUUAGGUCCAAUUGCAAGAUAUUUAACUGAUAGAAGAACUGUAUAA